AUCGUGACUAGUGUUUUCCGUGAUUCUUCACCAUGAAGUUCUUCAUCUUGGCAACCAGUGACUCACUGCCCAUUAGAUGGCGAUGACCGGCGUUACCGGAAUUACCAGUGACAUGAUGUCUUUUAUACACGAUGUAUAUAGAUGAAAUAGAAUAUAAAUAUCCAUUCAUAACUGCAGUCUGAGAAAUCACAAGCCUUGUCUGCAUCGAACCCGAGCUCCAAAUCCAUAGAGGACAUCUCACAUCUCACAUAUUCAUUUCAAUUUCUAUACUACCAAAUUCUCAACAUGUCUCGCUACGCCGACGUCCACAGAAACGCUGCCGGGCCAGGAGACGCACGCCCUACGGCCCUACAGAUAAUCAAAGAUGAAGGUCGCGAAGGAACCAUGAAGGAUAAAGUCUUCUUCAUGACAGGAGCGUCAUCAGGCAUAGGGAUUGAAACUGCUCGUGCCUUGGCUCGCACUGGCGCAAAGGUCUUCCUCGCUGUUCGCUCUCUAGAGAGAGGUCAAAAGGCAUGCGAGUCAUUCCUCGAGCCCGGACGCGUCGAACUUCUUCAGAUGGACACGAGUGAUAUGUCAUCAGUCCGCACCGCAGCCGCCAAUUUUCUCCAGAAGUCCCCUACCCUCAACCUCCUCGUCUGCAACGCCGCCGUCAUGCGGAUUCCGACGCGCGAGGAAACCCCCGAAGGCUUCGAGAUGCAGCUUGCUACGAAUUACCUUGGCCACUUCCUCCUCUUCGACCUGCUUAAGGAUGCCCUGCUGAAGGGCUCCACGCCCGAGUUCAACUCUAGACUUGUUCAUGUAUCGAGCUCCGGCCACCAUAGCUCAGAGAUCGAGUUCGACGAUUUUCAGCUCAAAAAGCCCGGCGUAUACACUGGGUGGAAGGCAUACGGACAGAGCAAACUUGCGCAGAUUUACAUGUCAAACUACGUCGACCGCAAUUUCGGUCCUCGCGGCUUACACGCGCUUAGUCUGAUGCCCGGAGGUAUUAUGACCAAUCUACAGAAGCACGUUACGGAAGAAGAAAAGCAAGGGUGGUUCAUACCCGAAAUCCAGAAAUUCUUGAAGGGUGUCGAGCAGGGCGCAGCAACCACUGUGUAUGCUGCCGUCAGCCAUGAAUGGGAGGGCAAGGGCGGCAAGUAUCUGGAAGACUGCCAAGUCGCUAAAUUCGAACCAAUAAUCGAGACCAUGGUGGGCGUGAAGCCCUAUGCCUAUGACGAGGCGAAGCAGGAUAGACUUUGGGAGCUCACACGACAGACACUGGGACUUCAGUGAGCGAUGCAGGUUGGGAACAGGACUAUUUGACUAGUGCCAUGUAUUUUUAUUAUGUGUAGAUAGAUUAUCCAGAUUGUUCAUAUUUACCCCUGAAUCGGCCAAAUGAUUGCGGUCCUAGGUCGAACCCCUAGGAAGCUUACCGAAGCGGACGAGUGUUGAUAGACU